UAACUUUGAGUACAUUAGGGAAAACAUACUAGUGGUAGAACUUCUUAUUCUUAUUAGCUGGGAACUCGGGCUAUUCAGAUGACAUGGAGGAUAAGUUAUUUAUCUCUCCUUUUUUAUUGAUUGUUCUGUGUCUUGAUUUGACCAGUCAUGAGCAUCAUUCUAAUAUAAUGAAAGUAACAUGUUGGGUUCCAAAGGUCCAUCAUAAAUUCGAAGCCCUAUCCACCAGUCUCUACCCGUAUGUUUCAUAAAGUCAAACUGCAACACAAUUGGGGGAUUUUGGGAUUAGGGUUUAAUUCUAUUCGGAUCUAAGAGACGAGAAAUCGGACUGAUGGAUAAGCGGGAAAAUAUGGAGAAAUCAGACGAACAAGGAUCAAAUUCCGAACCCAAAUUGGGUGAGCGCAGUGACGAUGAAGAUCUCAGCUUGAAAAUCGUAGAGAAGGCUAAGUUACGGCCAUGUUCCAAUGUGGUGUUAGGUGGAAUAGACAAGGGUUUCAAAAGCUUCUGCAGCGACAUGUUUCCGGAGGACAAAGUGAGGGAAGAAAAAAAUAUAGAUACUACUAAAGCUUUGUAUACUGGUGAUUGUGAAGCCAAAAAGAAUCCUGUUGAGGUCUCUGAUGAGGCUUCUUGUGAGUUGAACGGGGCCCCAGGUACUUUGAUUCUCCAGAUAAGAGUUGAGGAACAUGCUAUAAUUGCGGUGAAGAGGGUCAUGCUGCGGUUAACUGUACUUCAGCUAGACGUAAGAAGCCAUGUUUUGUUUGUGGGAGUUUCGAACAUAAUGCUAAAAAUUGCGCAAAGGUUAGUGGAUAAAAUUGCUUACUCUUCCAUUGGAGUAUGUGACCCCAUACUGCUUGUUCUAUGUUGCUUAUUAGUCUUCUGA